GCGGCGUAGUUGCGUGGUAGCCAGUCGCAGGGCCAGGACGGGGAGCCUGCGGUGACUUGGGAGGCGUGUAGGCGGGCUCCAGGAGGAUUGAGAGGGACGUCGACAGCCAGACAGGCAGAGACGAGGUUUCCCGACCGACAGGGAAUAGCCACAGAUCUCUCACCCUCACUGUAUCACCGACAGUGCAAGCCCCCCUCCCCCCUUUCAUAGACCAACAGGCCUACCCUGUCGCGGCCAGUCGUGGCCGUAUCAUGAGUCCACGGCCCAGCAGCUGGUGUUGUUCGCUUCGUAGCAGCCGUGGAGUAUCUCGAAGCCAACCUUGGAACUCGGGCACAUUCUGAAGCAGCGCAUCGUCUCCUAAAAAGGCCCCCCUCCCAGCCCGCGGGCUACUGCGACAGCUCCUUCUGGCUCUCUUUUCCUUUCUCCCCUUCGCGAACGCACGGUCCAGACUGUCGCUCUCAUCCUCAACGCUGCUUGCUGCUACUGCGGGCGGGUAUCGACUCAAGUACAUAUCCAUCUUGUCCGAAGUUCGGGCCCAAGAUCAGAGCAAAGGUCGCCCCUAGCAUUUUAUCCCCCCCCCACACCUGCCACACCCAUACAGGAUACAUUACGGCUUUGAUUGAUCGAUUUGCGAAAUACGACUUUCAGCUGGGACACAUUCGUCAGCAGUACCGCGCAACAAGACCUGUCGACCGAAAUUAUUAGGCGAUCUACAGGAGAUCAUACACGCGACUAUAUCCUCUCUAGGACUUGGCUUUUGGGAAGAGAAGAAUCUCGCUCGCUUCUCUGGCUCUGUUGCUCUCUCUCUCUCUCUCUCUCUGACGCUUACACGCUCACGCCCACGCCCACACUCUCGGCUGCGCAGUACUCCGUACUCCACACCUCGCGCGCCAGAAACUCGGCAUCCUUCGAGAAAGGACCAAAAAAGGGGGAAGCCAAGCAAAAGCUGCAGCGCGCACACCUGCUGCCUCUUGGGGGUUGCAUCGGCUGACAGCUAACUUUGCUCCUUGGGGCCCAAUCCCGCCGAAUCAGAGCCCUUUCAGCACGGGUCUCACCCCAACGCGGGCGGCUUGAAACCCUAAACCGAGCGGAGGGACACGAGAGGGCGAGAAAAGCUACAACCUCGAGGGACUCGACCUGUCUUGCUGUCCAGCCCGCGGACCCGCCGACGGCACUUUUCCUGCCCUGCCACCACCACCACCACCACUGCCCGUCCGGUCCAGUCCUGUCGACGAUCAGCGUUGGACAUUCUUUCCCACGCCUCAGCUUCUCAACCCACUCUCCCACACCACUGACCACUCACCACUCACCACCCACCAUUCACCACUCGCACAACAUUCACGCACCCAUAAUCGCAUUCCCGCCCGUCGCUCAUCUGGGCCCUUCUCGACCACCGGGUUUUGACGAGCCGAAUCUGCUGUGGUCUGGCCCAAAUCGUCCACCUUGCAGCAGCGUUCCUCACUGCGGGUUGCAGCCACCGGCCGGUCCUGCACAAGCUGCCUGGGCUUAUCUUACGCCAACGAGUCGCCUCCUAGCUUGUCUCUGAGCCAGGCGACCUCGUGGUGCCGACUUCUUCGCCUUCCCGCGGAGUAGAUCCAAUCGCCCCUUUAUCUCGUCUUUUUUUAUCCUCAGCACACGCCCACCUCAACCAUGAGUGCAGCCAUCGCAAUGGCUCCUUCGCCAGCUCCCCACGACCGAACAAGCUUCGGCGGCUCUCCGCCAGCCGCCGCGGGCCCCGCCCCUGCAUCAGUUUCCCCAUCUGCGCAGCGAACUGCCAUUUCAGCAACCCCCAGUGCGCCAGCACCACCUGCGCCGCAACAAUCAUCCAACAGAUCUGGCAGUCGCAGCCCCAAGGGUCAGGCUCAAGGAGCCGCAAAGUCAUCUCCCCCCAGCGCGUCUCGAACAGGUGGAGGCCCUCCCAGGAUCAUCGUUAAGAAGGAGCCCGGCUCCCCCGACCUCACAACGGCUCGCCACCGCCCUCGCAGGCUAGAUCUGUCCCGGGGCGGCCAGGUUGGCUCCGGUGCCGCGACUGCCCGUCCUCUGGGGUCGAGAGAGAGCGGAUUGGGUAUCCAGGAGAUGGGGCUCGCCUGCCUGUCCCCCGGCUUUGUCACACAGGAUCCCAUCAUGAAGGAGCAAGUGCAGAGGAGUCUGUCCGUCCGCGAGCAGCAGAGACACCUGAUUGAAGCACGACUCCAGCAGCAGUCAGCAAAGGGAGAUGGCCCGAGUGAUAAGGACAAGGAGCCACAGAGCGGUUUCGCAGCCAAGACGCCCGGGAUGCAAUCGCGCAGGAACAAGGCUCCCCCAGGGCUGUCCAUUGUUGCACCGUCACACGAGAACUUUGCCAACGAGAGAGUCAUCCAGUCAGCUCCCCUCGGACAGACAUUUACUGGCAUGAACAACCCGCACCCUCUGACUCGGCACAUCGAGAACCGCCCCUCCAAGCUCUCAAACACAUCACACAUCCACCACGUGCCUGCAACGCAAACAAACAACAGGCUGCCACCCAUCUCCGACGUCUUCGGCCACAACCUGCACUCGGGCCACCCCGAGUCCACCGGGCAUGCCAUGUACGCGCAGCACCAGAACGGCCCCCCUCAGCCAGCCCGCUCGCCCGGCCACACCCACAACCCUCACCCCCCGCCCACUGCCACCAGGCCGAGGGAAUACAAGUCGGCUGAGGAAGCCCAGCAUGAGCUUGCUGGAGGGCGUCCCGAACUCCUGCCAAAGUUAGUCCACUACGGCGGCCAUCAGCCACCAACCCCGCCAUCGCCCCUGCACGGCGCACAUAGAGUUGACGCCAGCCGAAGCACCAGCACCACGAAGCGCCGCCGCGACGAGUACGAGGCCGGGGUCUCGCCCCCGCUGGGCAACGGCCGGCCAUCGGUCAGGCGAGGACCCUUUGGUGAGGGGCGAGACAGCCCUGAAACACAACGUGCCAAGAGGGAAGAGUUCCUGCGGAUCUGCGAAAGGGCUUGGGAUCUCUUCCACUCCUGAGCGGCAUCCCCGGUGGGCCUUAAUCAUCACGUUCAGGGUCAGGAAUCCAGAAAAACUUUGCGCAUUUUUGCAUACCUCGAUAUGCGUGUGACAACAGUGGUGUGUAUAUUUUGCGGCAUCCCGCGGCCUGUUCCGACCAAGAGAACUUCAAAAGUCCUUAUAAUGCGGUGGAAGCCCAGUGAGAAACAGCGGACACUCCGUCGGAACGAGGAGAAAUGGGUUGGAAAUGAGAUACAAUAAUGUCUUGUGCGUGUGUAUUUGUACACCUCAGGCUCGGGGGGAGGGAAGCGGUGUGCACCGGGGCCGCGGAGGGCUUCCAUGAAAUCGGUCGACAUGGGGACGCCAGAGAUACCAAUAUAGGACCCGUUCCCAAAACGGGGCUUUUUUCUUGCAACGACUUGGAACUUUCAUUUAUACAACCAAGCUUCUCUACUACUUUUCAAUACUCUCCCUCGACAAUUAACUUCUCCUAACGUCAACUUCGAUUCUCGAAACAACGCGACCACACACACACCACCACCAUCCUUGGCACAAAACACCUCGGAAAUAAUGGGUCACGGGACGGGUGCAAUAUUAUAUUUGGGCUCGGCUUUUUCACACUCUUGUUACUAUCUCAGACGGCGUUCAACUUGUCUAUGAUUUAUCUUUUCCCAUCAGGCCGGGGGUACAGUUUGGCCGCUUUACAAAAACUGUUGUUGGCUUUUGUGUGUUGGCACUUGAUCUUGGUUUAUUCCCUUUGUUGUGCUGCCCCCCGACUAUGCGAUCCAUGAGGAAGAGAGGCCGGUUCUAUUUUCGGGCAGGAAUUCAAUGGAGGGGGGGGGGCAAAGGAGGGCUUCAGGUUCAGGUUCAUUGGACGGACGAAAUCUGGAAAGGGCGUUCCGGAUGGGCAUUCUUCUAAUAGCUUGACAGCUUAGAACAAACCGACAGAUUUUGACUCCCA